UGUGUAGAGUCAUUAUUUUGUACAUAAGCUAGUGUAUAUAUCUCUUUCUAUAUUUCUUUCUCUCAGUUUUCUUUCUGGAAAAGCCAGUGGUCCUUAAAUUCAUUGUAGGAUAUUGUUAUUUGUAUAAGCGAUUAUAUUUGUAGACUGCAAGAAUAAUGGAGGAAGAUUUGUGGGAUGUAAAUUUUGUCCCUGACUAUGACCCUUCAUCUGAGAGCCAGUCGGAGGAGUGGAUAACUCUGGAUGAGGUGAUGUCUGACACUAGCAUCCCAGGAGAUACCAGUACACAGGAUGUGAACAAAGAGGGGCAGUCACCUACAGCAUCUUCCACAGAAGAUACCAGGACAGUAGUGCUUGGGGCUUUAUGCUCUGGUAGUACUGGUCCACGCGCCGGGAAGUACAGCUGCCCUAUCUGUGGUACCAAGCUCAGCGGACAUGUAAAACGACAUGUAUUGCGGACUCAUUUGCCAUGGUUUUGGGUUGGAACACUUGCUUGCUGGGAAUGCCGCCAAUUAGAGGGAUCAACCCUUAGUCUGGCAGUCAAGCACACCCUUGCCCACAAAGGUCAACAGAGGUUGUUUGAUGACGAGAACCUCCAUGAGUGGUGCCAGCUCUUUAAUGGGUCCCUUCACCUGUUAAGAGAGUGGCUCGGACUGGACAGUUUGGAGUGUUUGCGCCAGUUUGCAUCGUCAAGCCUGUAUGACAGUGUAGUGGGAGAAUUCAAUACACAGGAGACGCAGUUGAUGUCUUUUUACUCUACCCAUUACAGUGAACACCGUGUCGCCCAGUUUAAGCUUAAGCCAUUGAACCAUGUAGCAUGUUUUCUGCAUUGGCAGGCUGUUGGUACCCUACUGAAGGGCUUGAGUAUGGAGCAGCAGGAAAUGUUCAGGCAGCAUCAACAGCGACUCUUGGAGAAUGGCAUGACCAUUGAUAGACCCUUUACUAUUGCAGGGAACCCUGUCAUGGCCAGGAUUGUUGACAGUCAUUUCCACCUUGACCAAAUUCUGCGCCGGACCAACUUCAAGACCUGGUUUGAACUAGAGCAGCAGUUCGGUGGAAGGGUUCAGGUGCUACAUGCCGUAGCUAACUAUGUCUUUCCCCGUCAAUGGGAAUCUUGGCAGGAACACAUAUUGGAUGCCAAAAACAUAUCAGUCUUCUUUGGUAUCCACCCACAUGCUGCUGACCUGGCAGAGCAGUACCUUGACAGGCUCAUGGACUUAAUAACACACCAGCGUUGUGUAGCCAUUGGGGAGGUUGGCAUUGAUCUCACCACCAACUGCAGAUGUAACCCCUGUGUGAGGCCAGAGGCAUGUAGGGAGCGUUUGCUGCAGGCCCAACAGGACUUUUUAGCAGAUGCCCUUAACUUGGCAAGAGAUGUCGGUAAGCCUGUAAUCCUACACUGCAGGGAUGAUGGAUCCGGUGAGGCAGCCAAACGCACCUUGGACAUGAUCCGUAUGAUGGACAUGACACAUCAUGCUUUCCAUCGACAUUGCUUCACAGGAUCUGUUGAGGAGCUACGCCAGUGGGAGAUGGAAUUGCCUGCAGUGAAAUUUGGCGUCACAAUGAGAUCAGCGCAGGACCCAAAUCUGGUGGCCAGGAUCCCAGUUGAGCGCUUGUUGUUGGAGACAGAUGCUCCAUAUUUAUUACCAGCUCCUGGAUGCAAGAUGAACCACCCCUGGAACCUAGCAUCUCUCGCUGCACAAGUUGCUUCUAUCCGCAACACACCAGUUUCGUUUAUCCUGGAGACAUGCAACAACAAUGCCAGGCAGUUCUACAGAUUAUAUUUUUUUUUUCUCAUCAUGUUCAUCAGAGGGGAGGAGUGUGGUACCACAGCCCGACUCAUCCGUGUACGACCUAUCUCAACUAACAUUGAUCUCCCUGACCUCCAUCUUGCCAGACGUCUGCUAGACAUAGCCUGUCUUAUCGACCUAAUCUGGAGGGAUUUGUCAG